GACCCGGUUUCAAGAUGGCGGCGCCCAUGUUGCGCGGCCUCCCGGCGGCUCUGGGCGGCCUCAGGCGGGGGCUUUGUGCGGCAGGCAGCGGCUGCCUGCGGCCCCCGGCGCCCCUCCGGACGGCCCAGGCCUCUUACAACGCCCGGCGCCUGGGCCUGGACCUGAGCGGCUUCUACCUGCCGCACGCCGGGAGCCCCGAGUGGCAGCGCGGCCCGCGGGCCCGCCGCAAGCUGUACGGCCGCUGGGGCAGCGCCUCGGGCGUCGACGCCGCCUCCCUGUGGCCGGAGCCCGGGCAGCUGCAGGAGCUGGUCCGGCACCAGGCCGAGUGGGAGCCCAGCCUACAGCAGAUGUGGAGCAACCUCCGGGCCAAGGAGCUGGAGCAGCAGAAGAAACAGCGGGAGAGGCAGAAGCUGAUCGCAGCCAACAUGGACAAGAUGCCGAAGAUGGUUGAAGACUGGAGGCGGGAGAAGCGGGAGCUGAAGACGAAGCAGAGGGAGGAGAAGGCCAGGCGGGAGCUGCUCCUGUCGGAGGCCAGGGAACGCUUUGGCUACAGCGUUGACCCGCGCAGCUCCAAGUUCCAGGAGAUGGUGAAAGAGCUGGAGAAAGAGGAGAAGAAGAAACGCAAACUGAUGAAGAGGCGUCAGAAGGAAGAGGCAGCCGGGGGCGAGGCGACUGUAAAUGCCGGCGCCUCUUAAACUGACCACAUUUUUACACGCCAGGCUUUGGGAGGUUCUGCAAAAGCGUUUCCGUGAAUCUUGAUUGAACGGGCUCAAUGAAAUGUGAGGACUUUUGACGUGUGUGAAGUGUUCCGUUCCUAGUGACCCGGCCAUUUUUAGUUUAAUAUUUGCUCUUGCCGCUGGCGACGUCACAUUCUAUUGGCUGUUGUCCUGAGACACGGUUUGGGAGGCUGCCUUUGGCCUUGAUUUCGUUGGUACAAAAUGUUUGGGUGGUCUCCGGCGCCCAUUAAAGAAUCCACCGUCUACCGUUUAGACUGGGGGAGGUCGGAGUGGACAAGGAUGGCAGGUCCCCACCCCCCCCCCCCCGCCCCGCCCCUCAAGGUCAUUCACGAAACGAGCUGGACUUCUAUUGACCCUGCGCCGUCGCUGGUUGCGACACCAGCCCUCGAAUUACCAGAUUUGUUCCCGGAAUUUAAUUCCACCGCCUGUUACGGUGGGAUUCGAACUCCCAACUUCCGCCCCCGGCGCUAAAACCACUACGAUUAAAACGGUCUCCAAUGACAAAACCCGAAAGGAUCGUUGACCAAAUUUCCACUUUAUUUCCGAAAGUUAAUCGACAUAAAUUAAAACGAUCUGAUUUCAAA